GCCAAAAGCUACAUACAUUUAUCUACAUUCUCAAUCAGCCUCGCAAACCCCAGUCCAAGAUGGCCCUUCAAGGCAAGCUCUCCCACCCCAACCGCUUCAUCACCACCCACAAUGCGGAAGGCAAAGCGGUAAUCGACGAGUCCAUCCCGGCCCCGGCACCGUUCUACUCGCUCGGCGAGGGCGACGCUGCCUUCGCGCAAUGCUACGUGACGUCGACCUUCCCCGUCGACAUCGCCAACGACGCCGACACCACGGCCUACCGCAACUUCCUGGCCGACCCGCCCGGCCUGACCGUCAAGGGCGGCACCGUCCUGCGGUACGUCGACAUGCCGCCGGGCGCGACGUCUCCCAUGCACCGGACCGUCAGCAUGGACUACGGCGUGGUGCUGGAGGGAGAGGUGGAGCUGGUGCUGGACUCGGGCGAGACGCGAGUCAUGAAGCGCGGGGACGUGUCGGUCCAGCGGGCGACGAUGCACGCGUGGAGGAACUGCAGUCAGACGGAGUGGGUGCGUAUGCUGUAUAUUCUGCAGCCGGUGCAGCCGCUGGAGGUCGCGGGGGAACCGUUGAAGGAGGACUACGGGGGCAUGAAGGGGGUUAAGGGCUCUGAGUAG